AUGACUUCGUCUUUAACGCCUCUAGAGCAAGCCGAGCAGUUCGCAUAUGGCUUUACGAUUGUCGUUUAUGCCUUUCUACUGGACAUUGGCAGAGAGGUAACAACAUUUCGCCAAACCACACUCGGGAUUAGGGUUACUGUCAUUAUUCAUCGAUCAGGUCGAUUUGAUUUGGCUGCGUUACGGCGGUAUUCUCUGGGCAAUUUAAGUCAUGUUGAUGCAAACCUUCGUCCUAAAUUCAAGAACUUAUCGAAGCCACUCGUUCCGGCCUGGACGGAUAGCAUCUUAGUCUUUAUCAUCACGUUUUUGUUGCAAGGAAUGAUAGCGAUGAUGGCUGUCCGAGUUUGUAUACUUCUCGGAAAGCCAAGAAAGCUCAUGAUCACCUUAGCGGUGGGGUUCUUCAUAGGGCAAAGCGCCAGACUAUUUGCAAUCAUCUACAACAUGACACUCAUGAGUACCGGGAGAACACAGGUCUCCUGGUUUGAUCCCGUGGCAGAUGGAUCGAUCUUGAUCUUUGAACUUGCUCUCUGCAUUUUGGUGCUUUACUAUGUGUUCUUAAGAUUUAGAGAGAGGCGUCGUCCAGGCAUCAAGGUGUAUAACGACUCAAAGCAGACACUCUCGAGUUUCCUGUGCAUUGUACAACUUAUCAGUACCGAUGUUAAUCCAGCUCCCUUUCCUACUCCCGCUUUAGCUCGACCCGGAUUUCCUCGCUACAUUUUUCUAGUACUUUAA